AUGAUGAUGGAGGAUUGGAAGGAUUGCGCAAACAAUGAUAUUGAAAUGUGCAAAGCAGAAAGCAAGGCGAAGAUAUCGGAUUACAUUGUUAAUGCGACCGUCAGUCUACACACAGUCGCUGUGUUUUUUUAUUGCAUAUCCUUUGUAAUCAAUGCCGAUAUUAUCGAUCCCACGAUUGAGACACCCCACAUAAGCAAAAUGAAAUUUCCAUUUGACGUAAAGAUACAAAACAUGUACAAAUUCGUAUUAAUUACAGAAAUGAUACAUCUUCUAGUGGUCAGUUGGGGAUUAGGUAUUUUAAAUGUUUUACUUUUGACAUUGGCGCUCGAUACUCCUGACGCGACGCAGAAGAUAAUGAAAUCACUUAUGUUUUACGUCGUUACAAAUUUAGAAAUGUUUAUAUACUGCUAUUCAGGGGAAUACCUGAUCAACAAGAGCAAAGCGGUCGGAUACGCUGCGUACGAUGUAGCCUGGUAUAAUAUGAAACCUAAGCACAUUCGCAUUCUAGUGAUCAUUAUUUUAAGAUCGCAAAAAGAAUUAACAUUCACGAUCGGGAAAAUGAUGGAUCUCUCGUUACGUCGCUUUGCAAGUAUCAUGAAUUCUGCGGGGUCAUUUAUCUCGGUGUUAUUAGCGAUGCAAUAA